AUGACCCGUGGCGCUGUCCGCGACACCAUUCUUCCUCGCGGUGGCGGCCCUUCAGGAACAUCCCCGAUUCUCGUCAAAGUCGGUACUCUCAUUACACCUAAUAGUUGGGUAUUUCAUCGUCUAGCACCUUGUUAUCAACCCGACCCCGAAGCUUUCCGACCAGAACGCUGGGAACAUUUGAGCCCAGGAUGGAAUCACUUACCAUUUGGAGGUGGAACCAGGAUGUGCGCGGGAAGAAAUCUGGGGUUAACAGAGAUGGCAUAUGUGCUUGCGAGAUUGGUACAGGAGUGGAAAAGGGUGGCGUGUAGAGAUGAAGUUGAGGAGUGGGUGGAGGAGAUCAAAUUGAGCGUGGAGAGUGGAGAUGGUGUCAAGGUUGGAGUGGAGUGGGUUUGA